CGUCAGCGUCUUUUGUUGCGCUUAAUGAAUUUUACGUAAAUUUUACGAGCGCUGAUUUCUGCCAGAGAGAACACUCCCCCAGACAACCACCCACCCAGGCUAUUAAUCUACACUUUAGCACGAGAGCCGCCCUGACAAGGGGCAAGCAAAACUCCUGCUGCUGCCUCCUCGUGUAUUCCUGUUUGUGUGUGUGUGUGUGUGUGUGUGUGUGUGUGUGAGUAUAAUGACAAGUUCAACAACAACUUAGCAUUGUCUUCUUCUUGUUCGUCUUCUGACGACGACGACGUGCUUCGACAUUUGUUUGCCCAAGUUAUGCAAAUAUUUUUAUAGUCAAGACGUUUUUGUUUAAUUGCAUAUUUUGACUCGAAUUACGCGUGCCAUAAAGCAAGGAUCUGAGAAUUACCACAAGCAAGGGUGAUGGCUGAUAAGGGCCGGAAAGCCGACAGCAAAACGAUGAUGCGAUACUUUCUACUUUCCAAUUUCGUUUGCUUCUACUUUCUUCUUUUUGCAACACACACGAUUGCAAAGCGUUUUUCGGGAAUCAUGGAAAUUCAAAUGGACGUAAUGCUAUCCAACGAGGAGAAAAAUGGAAUCGUUACCACCGUGCAUGUAUCGCCGUAUAUCCCGAUCCAGGAAAACGUCACCGAAGAUCCGUUGUUUCACUGCUCAUACUGUGGCAACAAGUUUAAGCACAAAGGACCCUAUAUCGUGCACGCUCGUUUCUGCAAGCGCCGCAGCGAGUUGCAUGCGGACCGGAAGUCACUGGAGGACAAACCACAUUUCAAAAUCUGUGAUAAGCGCAUCGGCACUGCGGUGGAAUCCGGACUAGAGGGACCCAAGAAAAGCUGCAUCGCUCAAGAGCCGACUGGAAAGUUCGAUCUGAAGACCCCGGCUACCAUAAAAAAAGUAUACACGUGUAUUUUCUGCAAGCAGCCUUUUUCCGUCGAGUUUGAGUUUGGAAAAAUACGUCGUCGCUAUGCCUGCAAUGAUUGCACCACAAAGAUCCGAGCCGAAGAGGAGAUACGCACAGCAGCUAAGUCGGAGACUCGAUUUUUGUGUGAGAAAUGCGGAAUGCUGUACAAACUGGAAGCCAAUUUUACGCGACACUUGAACAAAUGCACUGGAGUCGACAAUAUUCGUAAAAAAAUUCGUUGAAUAUAUUAUUUAUCAUAUUUUAUGUAUAUCAAUAAUACAAUUUUGUACAAUCUA